AUGGAGGAGACCAUUCUGGUCGGUGACGACCUAAUGAUGGGUCCUCCAUCUCCUGUCAUCCCUCCUGAAAUUGCUUCACAUGUGCUUGAAGGUGUUGAGUUGUGCGAUGGGAUUUUGAGGAAUCUAUUCCUAUGCUUGCAAAUCAAUGAUAUUGAACCAUUUUGCCAAGAUGAGCUUGCCUUGUAUCGACAAUGUGCUGAAAAAAGGGACAAGAUAUUGAGAGUAAGACUUCAAGAGAGCGAACAUAAGCUAGGAUCCUCUAUGCCUAUUGAGCUCGCUAAGGAAAGGAUUACUCAGCUUGAAGCUGAAGCUACAUCACUAGAGAGGCACUUGAUUCUAGCCAGUGGAGCUGAAGGAAUUGAAGGAUUUCGCCAGAGAUGGAGUUUGCACGGUCGGAUGACAGAUACCAAAAAAAGACUGGAGGCACUGAAGCAAGGAAUGGAGAACAGGAAAAAGGAUGAACAACAUGAUCAAUCCCCAAAACCCUCUACUUCUAAAAAAUGGUUCUUUUGGUGA